AUGACAGCUCCUGCUGUACCUCUGAUGAAUGGUCACGAUUCUGGAACGGAAACGGGGACAGAACACAGUCCCUCCCGCUUCACGGCUGUCAAUGGCAGGGAAUUCGUCCCCGGGAAUGGGAUAUCUGCCGGCUCCAUUGGAGAUCAUUCAAUUCCGGAAAGGUCCAACUUAGAUGACAAUCGGCGAGGUAACCGGGAGAAUCCUGCAGAUGAUCAGAAGGAGCAAAUACCUCCAAGAUCUUCAUCUCCAGACAUUCCCCCCUCUCAUAAGAAUAAAAGAAAGAGAUCCGAAUCACAGGAACGAGAUUCUUCAAAUCAAGGCCUGAAUGCUUCCAAAAGUCCGGUGGGCCGUCCCGCCGAAACUCACCAUUCUAAUCCGAAUGGCAGCACAGCUGGGUCUGUUGUCGAGAUGGAACGCGCCAAUCAUUCUGCAACGCCCUCUCAUCGGUCCGAGGGCAACGAUGUGGGUCAAACAUCUGCCAAUAGUCCAUGGUCGGAAUAUGAUUCUCAGUUGAUCACCCAAGCUCAACGGGCUCAGCAAAUGGAUGUCUCGGAUGCCCAUCUGGCAGAUGCUCUGCAACGUGAGGCAGGCCAUGAACGGUCGGGCAACCGCUCGACCCCUAGCGCUCAGCAGCCUUCUUCUCCUGGUUAUGUCCAAGACCGACAUGGAACAAUGCAUGUCGCCCCAAAGAGGAAGCGAGUGUUUAGUAAUCGAACGAAGACGGGUUGUAUGACCUGCCGUCGCAGAAAGAAGAAGUGCGACGAGCAACAUCCAGCAUGCAACAAUUGUCUUCGGGGUGGCUUCAUAUGCGAGGGAUAUUCGUCGCGAAGCACCUGGCAGAAGCCAUCGAAUGCAAAGACCCCGGUUCCUUUGCAAUCUAAAGAGGGCUACUCAGAUAAAUCGGGCCCGCCGUACACACAAGAAACCUCUCGUCAUCAAGAUCGACAACCUAGUAUGACAGAACAUGUUGACACGACAAAUAUAAGGCCCCUGGGGGUGGAGAAUAACGAACGUCCUGCCCAACAAUACAACACCAGUCCAACAAUCACAGCAUCAAAUCACGCCUGGUCAAAACAAAGUUGGCCAAGCGCGGGAGCUAGUCAUUCUCCUUAUGCUUCCGAUCCUGUUUCAAAAGGCAACUAUCGCACGGUCACAUCUAUUCAUGAAUCAUCGCAAGAGAUUCGACACAAGUCUGACUACCCGGUAAUAUCUUCUAUUCGUGACUUGAGUCAUGGACCUCCUCCUAAAGCCAGUAUGCCCAUGUUCCAGGGGACCGUUGAGCAACGACCAUUACCCCUUGCAGCUUUGGAUACCCAUAGUCCUCAGGCACAGGCUCGCAUGGCAUUAAAUGUGGAAACCCAGAUGACUGCUCACUCCAUGCCGAGUGAGGAGACCGAGAAAGAAAAAAUGAUCAACGGUGAACUCUAUCGACCGUUCGACGUUCACCUCAUGGAGGAUCGGGAUCGUUGCCGAGGUGCAUUGUGGAGAUUUAAUAAUGCUUGUAACCCACUCACCGGGGUCAGUUCAAAGGAACAAACCCGCCUGCUGAAGGAGGUCAUUGUACCCCCGGCAAGUUCUGUUUCCAAUUCACCAUCUGGUGUCGGAGCUCGCUCUGUUGGGUCCAUUGGUCAAGGUGCGGUUGUUGAAGCGCCUUUCACCUACCAUUAUGGAUACAAUAUCCACAUUGGAGAAGAUGUGAUGGUCUCGGAGAACUGUUUAUUCGUAGAUGAUUGUGUCAUCCGUAUCGGUGCCCACACGUGGAUCGGCCCAAACGUCAAGGUGCUCAGUUCAACUGCUAAUCAUACUAUGCAAGAACGCAAGGGAUCGCAGAGUCGGUACCAAGGCCGUCAAGUCACUAUCGAAGAGGAUUGUUACGUGGGCGCCGGGUGCAUCAUCUACCCGGGUGUUCGUCUCUACCGGGGGGUUUAUGUAGCUCCAGGUCAAAUUGUUACGUCGGACAUUCCAGCUUACGGGUUUCAGGGGUUGAAACCUACCAUCCCCUGA